AUGAACAACCUCCUCGUCCUCCUCCUCCAUCUCCUCCCCGCACCUCUCGUUUUUGCACGCCCCGGAUGCCUGGUCCACAAAAAUCCAGUGACGUUCAUGACCAAGAGUCUGUUCGGUACGGUUACCUACCUGCUCCCAUCGGAGGUUUUCGGGCUACUAGGUCUUUGGGUGGGAGGCCUACACACUACAUACCUUGGUAUGACAUGCUACUACGGCAGGAUCUGCCCACAUCGUCGCGGACGAUUUAUGCACGAGCUGCGCGUGUUUACCGCUUUCGCAGGGCAGGCGGGCGGGCAUAACGCGACUGGUGGGGAGAUAAAAGCCGUGAUUCGGCGUACUGCAGGUGUAUGA